AUGGCGCUGGUUCGACCGGAUAUUAUGUGCGGUGUGUGCCCAACAAAGGCGAAUGGAUUCAAUUAUGGGGCGUACACCUGCAACGCUUGCAAAAUGUUUUUCCGAAGAAGCCACACUAAUCCAGCUGAAAUCCAUGAAUGUGUCACUGACGGGAAUUGUGUUCAACUCCGCGAUUGCCGAUAUUGUCGUUUUCAACAGUGUCUGAAUAUUGGAAUGGUAAUUCCAAAGCAGUUGAAGCCUGAGAUUACAGAAAUUAUUCAAAAUCUACUCUACCUUGAUGCUCACCGGAACAACACGUUCUCUGUUUAUGUAUCUCUUGAUAAUUUGAGUCUGGAGGAUGCAAUAUUUUCGGAUUCCAUGAAACUAACAGAGAAGACUCCAAGUUAUGUACCCGACUAUUAUGAUUGGUCGUCUAUGGAUCACUUAGCAGCAAUCGAGUUCAUGAAGAAAUUUGAGUUUUUCAAAUUUCUGUCGAAAGCAGAGAAGAGAAGUUUCAUAAAGACUUCUUACAUUCAUAUCAUUGUGCUUUGUUUGGCGAUGAGAUCGGUUGGGCUGAAAAGUCAAGAAUUUGUCUAUCCGAAUGGAGUGGACGUGUUCCCGAAGGAGAUCCAGGUUAUGUUUCAGAAAUGUCCAUCUGUGUUAGCUGAUGUGAGAUGUCCAUUGGUUGCAAGGAUUCAUGAGCUGAAAGUGACUCGGGAGGAAUUUGUACUUCUAACUGCUAUCAUAACAUGCAAUCCAGGCAAUGAAGCGUAUACCGUUUUCAACCAAGAGAUCAUCAGCAAAUACCAGCAAGCGUAUACAUCAGCCCUAGUCCAAUACUGUCUCCACACGUACCAACAAUUCGGACCAACCAGAGUUAACGAUCUUCUCUCCCUCUGUUUUCUUCUUGGUAAAGCUUUCGAAGGCUUCGGUAGUGUAUGGACAGCCUACAUGGUUGCACAGAACGAUGGGAAAGUCAAAAAGUUGCACACGGAUUUUUUGAAGUAUUUCUUGGAUUGA